AUGAGCCAAGGUUGGGAAGACAACGAGCUUUUUUCUUUGACAUUUCAGAAUAAAUGUGUAGCCUUUGUCAGUACUUGACAGGAAGGCUUAUUUCUAACUUGUCAGUUUCUGUCGGUGUGACUUCAUAGAGUGUGUUUUUUGAGAAGGCUAUCAUAUGAGGGUCAAGUAACCUAAAUGUGUGAAGUGGAAUGGUGGGUAAUACGGAAUAUAACAACACAGUAACACUGUCUGCAAAGGGUGAUGUCAAGUUAUAUUUGCUAACCUUAUCGAGAAACCGCAGUUUUUGUCUGUUGAUGUUUACUGAAGUUUUGAUCGAUGUCAACAUUUCUGUUCUUUUCUUCCUCUCCACACAGUGUUGGACAUUGAGCUCUGUGAUCUGGACAUAAAGAAUAACAGCAUCAGCCACCACACAGAGAAGUAUGCAGAGGAGCGGUUGAUCAUCAGGAGGGGACAACCCUUCAACCUAAUAUUACAUCUGAAAGCUUGCAGUAAGGAGUUCAAACCGGGUCAAACAAGUUUUACACUGAUUGUUGAAACCGGUAAGUUUUUUGUUCUAAGGUGGUUCACACAACUACACUGAGAAAAAAUGUUAUAAGUUGUAAAGGGACGGGAGGGUGCAUCUUUGGUGUGUACAAGAGGAUUUGUGUUUCCCUUAUCUAGUUUUAGAUUUUAUAUUCCCACCCUUCUGUCUCUCAAGGUCCAUUACCCAGAAAAGAAUCAGACACCAAGGUUUCCUUUGGCCUGAGUGACACUGUUGUGGAUACUGAGUGGAGCGCAUCCGCCACCAACGAUUCCUCUGCAAACAAAGUGUCCGUAUCUAUCUGUUCCUCACCCAAUGCCCCAGUUGGGGUCUAUUCACUGACUCUGGAUCAGGAAGGGCAGAAAACCAGUUUGGGAGAGUUCACCCUGCUAUUUAAUACUUGGUGCCCCAGUAAGUUUGCUCAAAAGGGUAUAUAUUUUUGAUGUGUAUGUGUAUGGUCAUGCGCCACCAUGUAAGUCGGAGCUAUUUAUGAGAGGGGGGCAAAGACGCACACUUAUCAGUGAUUCAGGAUUUAAUUUAAGUUAUUUUAUACCGUAAUAAAACUAAACUGGAUGAACACAGCAUUUCUAUUGCUAGGAAAAUGAAACUUUGAUAAAAAAAUCAACCAUUUUAAGGAACAUAACAGCAUUCAUUUAAAAAAAAAAUAACAGUUUCCGCCCCUGACUCAGGGCUAUCACACGUUACCUAAAGUAGACCUUCUCUCAGUUGACCUAGAGAUAAUUCAUAAUGGACAAUUGCGUUUGUCUUUCCUGCGUAAUGGUGUUGCGCAGCCAGGUUUUAAUCUGCGCGGGGCUGAGAAAGAGCGCACGGAUGCCGCGACAGAUAUGGCAUAUCCUUUAGUAUGUCCAGCUCAAGGCUUAGCUGAUUGAUUGAUUGAUUGAUUGAUUGAUUGAUUGAUUGAUUGAUUGAUUGAUUGAUUGAUUGAUUGAUUGAUUGAUUGAUUGAUUGAUUCUCCCGUGGAAAUGGGAGUCAGAUCCGGGUAACCCACAUCAACCAGUUUCCCCUCAGCCGCCUCAAGAACUACCUUGUUGGAGACCGAUAUGUACCAAUGACUCAAAAUUUCAUUAAAAAUGUAAUGAAACCCCAAAUGUAAUUGUUCGAUAAUGUAAAAAGAUUCUGAGCCCUAAACGUAAUAACUUUUUGGUCAUUGUCGGUCUCUCACAUGCCUGCUCUUGCCCUGCAACUAUAGGUUGAGUCCCUCCUGAUCAAAACGCUGCUCCACCUCUAAGCGCACCACGUCCAGCCUCACACACUCCUCUCUUCCAUGAACUUGCAUUGCUUGUGCCAUUAGGUUAACAGAUCAAAACAACAAUGCGCGCGAAAACAUAUAAAAAAAACAAUGCCCGCAAAACAAGAGUCAUGUUUUUGUAAUUUGUUUAGCCUACAUCACACUGAACUGUCGAUGCACAUCACAUACAUCUAUGCCUCGUAUAUUUUAUGAAAGAGAUAAAUGUAAGACAAAUUGAGUUUAAAUUUAGAUUCUUUUUAAAGCGUCAUGCUGCAGGUAGGGAGGCCGAAGGGCUGCGGAGGGAGUGGAUGGGAGUGGGUGCGCCCCCCCAGUUCCGACGUCUAUGUGCAUCACACCCUUUUUAAAAAAAAAUCAUAUCUCUUUGUCUUUCUUUUAGAUCAUGUACAAUGUAGAAUCGUUUAAAAAUGCAUUAAAUAUAUCAUGCCACUUAUAUAUCAUAUCAUCAAAUACAUGUUUAAGUAAUCAGAAAAUCUCUGUUACAUAUGCAGUCUUGCUUUUCUUAAUAUGCAUGGUUCUUUUCAUUGACUCACUUAGAAGAUGCAGUUUAUAUGCGGAGCGAGACAAAGAGGAAGGAGUAUGUUUUAGAGCAACAUGGGCAGAUUUACAGAGGGACACAUAAACGAAUCAAAGGGACACCCUGGAACUUUGGACAGGUACACAAGAUGUUUUUAAAACUUCUCACAAUUUCUAAGUACAGUACUUAUUCAUUCAUCAACAGGGCACAAUUUUAUAUUCUGGUACAUUUGUCAUUCAUUAGUUUUUACUACAAAAUUAACUGAAUAUAACAAAUCAAAAUUUGCAGAGUUCACCUUUAAUCUCUACUGCUGCUAACUUCACUAUGUGUUUAUCUAACAGUUUAAUUCAGGGAUACUUGAUAUAUGUCUCAAGAUCCUGGACGACAACCCCAAAUUUGUAUCUGAUGCUGACAUGGACUGCUCUGCCAGGAGAAAUCCCAUCUAUGUGACCAGGGUGCUGAGUGCCAUGGUAGGUAUGCGUAUAGGCUGACUGAAGGGUUAGUGCCAAAAAAAUUAGAGCAAAUGGCCAUUCUGCAAUAACUGCACAGGAAAGACAAUGGUACCCCUAUGAACUUGCACUGGGUGCACCAGAACACUCCUCAGUAUACCUCUUUAUAGGGUUACUGUUUUGCAGGGAAACUGCUGGCAACUGUGGGCCUAAUUCCCAGCUCCUUCAGUCAGCUUAGGUGUCCUCGGGAAAGAUGCUCGGCGUCAAAAUAGCCUAUCAAAGGCACAGCCAUUACUGUAUGAGUGUAUGUGAAUGACAUAAGUUAACUAUUGGUGGGUUGACUCUAGGGAUGGAUGAUGAAUUAUCAUUCACGAUAUAUCAUCAGAAAAAUCCUCUGUGAAUAAAUAUUUGGCCAACUCAUGAUAAAUACGAUAAAUGCAAGUUGAUGAUGUAAGCGCGAGCAACGGAAUCGCAGCCAUAGCCCACACAGAGCAGAUAACAAACAAACAUGGCCCAAGGUAAUGAAAAAGAUGUGAGCAGCUUGUUACUGAACUAGGUUCCACAUGAGGGAUUUCCUUCAAGAUUGGGGCUUAGAUAUGCACAGUCACGUAUGCCUGACAUCAGACAGUGAGUCUGCCGCUGCUGUUCACUCUGUGCAAUAAGAGUUUUCCACAAAUGUUGAAAAUUUUUUCACAUUUUAGACUUGUUUGAAGUCAUUAGUUUUCUCCAUAACCUGCCACUUAAACUUGUGGUUAAGUAUUUGACUGUUCCAACUGGUGUUCUCAAGACAAAAUAGGUUGAAACAUUUGGAUUUGAAUUAUAAUAUUUUUGUUGGGACUUCUAUUGUUAUUGCCAGAAUGGCAAAUCCUGUAGUGAUACAUUUUUUAGAAAAUGGUUGAAUUUGUUCUUUGUUUCUUUUUCUAAAUAUUUUAACUCUGCAAAAGUCAGAUCUCAGUAAAUUUGAUAGAAGUCCAUAGAAAAUCUGAUGACAUAGAGGAAUGUCCUAUUUCAAUGAUGAUAAGCAUGUUCAGACUAAAACCUCAAAUUUCCUUUUCUCUCUUCCAACUUUUGUCCAUCUUUCCUCUGUCUGUGUCCAUAGAUCAACAGUUUUGAUGACAGAGGGGUUCUGGUUGGAGAAUGGGAGGAUUUUUCCGAUGGGGUUCAUCCAGGAACGUGGACUGGCAGUGGGGCAAUUUUGCGCAAAUGGGCAGAAAGUGGCCCUGUCCACUACGGACAAUGUUGGGUUUUCGCUGCUGUUGCAUGCACAGGUUUGAGUAUCUUCCAAGUUGCAACUUCAAGCUCAACUUUUUUAACUGAACCUUAAAUUUAGAGCCUAAUCUUGUGGAUGUAAAGCCAUCUGUCACGUGAUAUUUUUGUGUGAUGUCUUUAUUGCAAGUCUUUGAUGACAGGCACCAUCUCAAGUGUACGCUUUAGAUAGCAGACUUGAUGAAGUGUGACUCUUCUUCCUCUUCCAGUGUCCCGUGCCCUUGGAAUCCCAUGUCGAGUGGUUACUAACUUUGGAUCUGCUCACGAUUCAGAUGCCAACUUGUAUAUUGAGAACCUGUAUGAUGAAAAUGGGGAGAGAAUUUCCGGAGGUGAUUCGGUUUGGUAAGUUAUCAAGCUCUCCAUGCUCCAAAGGUAUGAGACUCAUGGGUAUCUGUUACAAAAAAAUCAAACUUUAAUGAAUUUUCUUAAUAAUCCAAGAAAAAAAAUUUAUUUACCAGGAAUUUCCAUGUCUGGGUGGACAGCUGGAUGACUCGUCCUGACUUGGGAACAGAGUAUGAUGGGUGGCAAGCCAGUGACCCAACCCCACAGGAGAGAAGUGAUGGUAAAAUCUAAAUUGUUGUUCUAUACUGUGUUUUCAAACACAUAAAAAAAAGGUUUGGGUGUGGAAAUGUAAGUCCUAAAUUUGAUAUUGCAAACUGAUUAUUGUCAUGCUUACGGCCAAACCAGUUACACAGUGAGGACAAAACAGUUACAAUUAACUGCAACUCUUUCAAAACUGAGCAUGCAGGGUCACAACACUGCAUGCUGAGUCUUAGGAUUUUAACCACAGUGGUUUGCAUCUGUUCCUGACAGUAGUCACAGGUUUUUUGGAUGGUAUGGCAUAUGACUUUUGGUUGGUAAGUUCCUCUAACUCAUCUCAAGACACAGCACAAACAGGGUUUAUGUGGUAAAUGCACACAUGGGGUUAUUUCUUUUUCCUUAUGACACCUUUUCUUUCAAGUAAAGCUCUUUUGUUACAAAAGAGAAUCGACUCCUGACAUUUGAAUGAUAUUACCCAAAUAAAAACAGUGUCUCAUGUGUUGGCCAUCUUGGGUAUUAGGGUAUUGUUUGUAAGACAACACCCAGAACUCUUAAACUGGUCUUCCAGCUCACCUGUAACUUUCAGCAUUAGAUGUUGCUUUAUUUGUUCAAUUGGCUCAAGUCUUAAAUUUAUCACUGUGUGUAACAACUGCUUAAGUGCAAGAUGUUGGCUAUUGUGGAAAAGGACCCACACCUUUGUAUACAUAAAAGGCUCAUUUUAUUUUAACAAAAAACAAAAUGACUUUGACAUAAUACAUUGAUCUGAACAUACUUAUGAAUACCAUAUUCCAUUUCUACUAAAUCUGUUCUGCCAAAUGCUGUUAAAUUCGACACACUGUACCUUUAAGUGAGUCCAGUGUUAAUUUGUUGGUUUCUGUCAGGUGUUUUCUGUUGUGGACCAGCUCCUCUGAAGGCCAUCAAGGAGGGAGAGCUGACAAAGAAGUAUGAUGCUCCCUUUAUUUUUGCUGAGGUGAUUUUUUGAUGAAUUUAGUACAACACUGAAAGAGAAAAUUCAAACAUUUACAUCCUUUUCUUUAACUGUGUUGACUUGAGGUUUUGAGGUUAAAUGUGUAACAAGGCCUGACCGAGCAAAUCCAUCAAACGGGGGCUGUCAUAUUCUGUGUUCUGAAUAUAACUGAUACUGUGCUGCUAUGAAGAGAUAUCUGCUCUUGCGGUUUCCUUAAACUGCUUUUCCUACCUGCUGUCCUCCACCAAAUGACUGCUUCCUGGAAUGCCUUUCUAGCCACUAUUGUUUUAUAUUAUCUCUUUUUUUGUGUGUAUGGGGUCAGGUCAAUGCAGAUGUUGUGGACUUGGUGCAAUUGACGAGUGGAGAGUUUGUCAAGUUCAGUGGAUCAACUAAGUCUGUCGGACGCUUCAUCAGCACCAAAGCAGUUGGCUCAGACGAGCGGCAUGACAUCACACAUCAGUACAAAUAUGCAGAAGGUAUUACAGAGUGCACAGACAUACAGACGCACACACUUCUUGGAGUAUACUUUUGUGCAUCUUUUGAAGUCUCUGCAUUGUUAUUCGUGCUCGAAUUAUUUAUCUCUUAGCAGUCUUAGAAGGAAAUUGUGUAUUUUUAUUCCUUUUUGUUAGCUUAAACAAAACUCUGUAAAUUCUGUUUGAUUUUGAUGGUUUACAGGUACAGAGGAGGAAAGGAGAGUGUAUGAGAAGGCUCAACACCACAACAAGUUACAGCAGAAAGGAGAAGAGCCAGGGCUUCACCUCAAGGUGUUAAUAUUCAUAGAAAUACUAAUAAUAAUUGAGGAGGUUUAGUGCUGCUAUUGCAACAAUAAAUUAAUUCUGCAGUAAUUAAUUCAAAAAGCUUCUUCACACAGUAGGUGGGGUGGCUUAACUUAUGAACAUGAUCAACUGUGGACAAAUGACAGUUUUAAUACACUAGAAGAACUCUCAGAAGGCAGUAUUGGCUGUGCAAAGUUUCUCUCUGAUCGACUAUAUGAAGAGAAUUGGAUAAAGAGUCAUGCCUUGUAAAACAGGACAGAAGUCAUGGGGUUUUAAAAUAAAAAAAUAUUUGAACAGAAUGACACAGAAAUACUGCUAACUGGCAUGCAAAUAUUGCAUUUGUGUUGGCAAAUGUAAUUUGUAAAAAUAGAGGAAUAAAGAUUUAAUUAAAUACUCAUUGAGGCUCGGGCCUCAAUGGGGGCCUAAGCAAAAUUAGAUUUUGGGGCCCUUUAUUUCUGCCACACACCUUCACAAAUCUCUUUGAUGAACAUUCCAUGACAUGCAAACAUACCUUUAUCUUGGCGUUUUUUCUCUUUUUCCUCUUUCUUUUCUCUGCUCCUGAUGGACAUGUCCUUUUUUGCGACAUUGUUUUACCCCACAGCUACCUGAGCUUUGGAUGCUCAGUGCACAUUGCACAGCAUUAGGCACAUUACGGUGGCGGAGCUUUGACAUAUUGGCAGUAAGAAUUAUAGGCCUACAUCUGCAGCAGCACUAAAAUGUUUUUACUUGGUUUUAUUUUAUUUUCACAAUAAUAUAUAUUUGAUCAUCAGAAAGCAUCACUCAUACAAACUAAAAAAAAAAAAAUAUUCAAAUGUAUAUUUUUUUGAUCGCUCUUGAGGGCCCCCUACUGGCUGGCGCUUAGUUCGCUUAUUCCAAAUACCAAAUACCCAAAGAACCACCUGCUCCUGGUCAAAACCUACAAAAUAUUACCAUGCAUUAUUAUUAUUCUGAAGUUGUGGAUUGAAAAAUAUAUAUAUAUAUAUAAUUCUCAUUGCAGAUCAGACUGGCUGAUAACAUGAUGGUGGGUUCAGACUUUGAAGUGUACGCUGUCCUCACUAAUAACUGUGAGGAGGCCAAGACCUGCACCUUCUUGUUUUUUGCCAGAGCUGUCAGCUACAAUGGAAGACAAGGAGAGAGCUGUGGGUUUGCUUCAGACAAAUUGGAGGUGGCCUCUGGUGAAGGUUAGCUCUAACCAUUGAAUAAACAGAACAUGCUAAACAUGCACUAUAAUUAUUUUGAAACUUGAUUCACAUUGUUUGAUUUUGCAGAAAAGCAUCUGUCCCUCAAACUGGAGUAUAAAAGUUAUGGAUCAGCAAUCACUUCUGAUAGGUUGAUCCAGCUGUCAGCCAUCACCAUCGACAAGCAGAACAUACAUUACAAUAAGGCUGAGAAGACCAUUGUGCUGGACGAGCCAGACAUUCAGACAAAGGUAUGGAUAAUAAAUUGGUGAAAAACAGGCAUUUUCAAGCAUUAAAUAUAUUCUGCAGUAUAACCUGAGGCAAUGCUGUUUAUUUUACACCUUAGCAGAAUGCAGACCAGUAUGAAGAAUUCAGAGCAAAUAAAUUCAAACUACACAACCUUUAUGUGUUAUUACUUUUAUGUAUAUAUUCAAAAUAUGGCUGCUGCAUAUCGAACAGUCAAAAGCUGUACUGAUUUUCAAAAUUAACUGAAGAUCUGACCUUUUCUAUAUGAACUGGUAAUCCAAGUAUGGUUUUUUUUGUAUGUUAAACUGCAAUGACAAAAGGUUUUAGUUUUAAUUACAAUUCUCAAUCAGUGAAUUUACUUUAAUCACAUUAAAAUAGGUUUGGUCAAAAGAUGUGGGCAAAAUGAUAAUCCUCUGUUGUGACCUGAUGAAACCUGUUUCUCUGCAGUUGAUUGGAGAUGCGAGACUCAAUCAGCCUUUGACAGCAGAGCUAAGCUUGUUGAACCCCUUACCAGAAACCCUUCAGGACUGCAGCUUCUCUGUAGAAGGGGUUGGAAUUACUGAUGGCAAACUCAUUACAAAAUUGUAAGUGAACACCAGCUCUACUGUUGUGAGGGGACUUAUAUUAUUUCUGUGCCCCUACCUCACUCCAUUUAUGAGGUUUUUCUUGUGCACUUUUCAUAGAUUUGCUGUUACAAUCAGUAAAAAAUUGCAACACUUUGGCUGACAUUGCUUAUUGUCUGUGUGUUUGAUUCUGCAGAGUUGGAGCUGUGGGCCCAAAACAGAAAGCCAUGGCCAGCAUUGAGUUCAGUCCCACCACUGCUGGCUCCAGCAUACUGCUGGUAAACUUUGAUUGCAACAAACUGCACAACAUCAAGAGCUCCAUCGAGGUUGUGGUGAAGGAAUGA